AAUUGAUUGUGGUUGUGCUCAUUAAGCCUCCAGAAUGGCAGCAGAGGUGGAUUUGUUCUCUUUCCUCCAAACGCAGAAUAUACCAGAUUGUGUCAUCAACAAAUUAAAAGAUGAUAAGAUCGACAUCAACGUCAUAGGUGUUAUAACAGAUAAGAAGUUAGGACAGUAUAUCGUAAGAUAUGGGGACCGACUUGCACUCAGAGCAUUUUGUCGUCAAAGAACUGUGACAAAUGAAAUGUCAGGGGGAGUGGAGACAGUGAAGUCUGCUCUCAUGCAGAAAGUAAGAGACAGGCUUGCGGAACAACGAAAAACUCCUGCCAACAGAAACACAGAAGGCCCCGGUAUUGGCAAUAAACAUGCAGUUAAAGUCACCCGGCGGAUUGAAAUGGGAUGGCUCCACUUUGAGAGCGGCACUUAUCACCAAAUCAGGACAAGAAAUGGAGGUGGAACACGGCACCUGUCGGUCCAGAAAUCAGUAACUAUGGGUGAACUGCUGGAGACGGGCAAAUCCUUGUUUUUUCCAAAUGGACAUUCAUCCAAAGGGCCGAUGGAAGACUUCGAGUUUGAUAUUCGUGAUUACAGUCACAAUGCAGUAUCCCCUGAAGUCACAGUGGGCCAGCUGUACGAGCAGACUAAACUACGAAUGCUGCGCAUCUACACAACCUCCAAAAAGACGUAA